CAGGUUAACCGGUUAGACAACAUCUUCAGACAGGGUGUGACACGGGCAGGUCAGCACUGCAAGCUUAAAGAUCUCUAACUUUGUCACCAACUUUGUCUCACAGAUUUGAUAGCAGAACGUCAGGUGAGCAACCGUCAUGUUCGGCCGGGGUCUUGGCAACGACUAUGACGACGAGUCUGACGGUGAUUUGUACUACUCCAGCCUUACUAGUGGGAGUGGCAUAGAAUCCACCGAAGACGGCUCCCGCCUCUUCCAAAACUACUUACAGGAACAUAUGGUUCUUACAGAACUUGCCAGGCAGCGUAAGACCGGUGAGUUUCUUGAUGUGGUUAUAGAAGUAGAGGGUAGAGAGUUCCCUUGUCACCGCGCCAUGUUGGCAUCUACACCAUACUUCAAAACCAUGUUGUCGUCCAAUUUCGCUGAAAGUAGUUCAAAGGUCGUACAGCUGCAUGGGACUGACUCCUCCAGCUUCUCUAAGAUCCUGGACUUCAUUUAUACCGGGGAAAUCCGCAUCGGUAAAGAAGAUGUCCAAGACGUUCUACAGACGGCACAUAUCCUACAGUUCGACAAGAUUCUGCAGUACUGCAAGAAAUUCAUCCAAGACAACCUCAGCCCGACCAACUGUCUGGGUAUCAUGCGAAUGGCCAACUUGUAUGAUCUUUCUGAAAUGAAAAAGAGCGCGAGGACCAUGGCACUGUCAAAAUUUUCCGACGUCAUUGAAGAUGAAGAGUUCCUUAGCCUUUCGGUGCAAGAACUCUCAGAUCUACUCGGUGACGAAGGUCUAAGAGUUACGAGUGAGGACGACGUUGUCAAUUCUGUGAUAAGAUGGCUCGACCAUGCCGCUGAAAGCAGCCAGACAGCAAUCUUGAAGAUUUUGACAGAGAUUCGUCUACCUUGUGUGAGGGUCAGCGUGCUACAGAAGCUUGAGUCACACCCUGCGGUGCAGAAGCACGCAGAAUGUCUGGCAAAAAUCAGAGCAGCCAGGGAAGAGCAUCUUCUCUGUAAACAGGCAGAGGAAGAAGACGCAAGUAGGUACAGACGUGGGAUAUCGGACGGCCUGGCAAUCACUGUCGGCGGUUGGAAGGCGGUAAGAGAGCCACGUCUUCAAAGUUCGAUCCCAAUUGUUGUACAGCCUUCAUCUUGGCCCUUGCAAAGCAUUAUUUGCUUGGAUCCAGAUAAUCAGCAAUACUACCACAUCACUAACCUACCGACGCCUGUCUCCGGCUACACGAGUGUGGCAUGUGCAGAUGGAUACCUGUACGUGACAGGUGGGCGGGAGAAUCCUCUGGUCGGCGAGGGUCCACACCCUGCCCCGUCCAAGCAAGCCUUUCGGUACCAUUUCCCCUCAGACACUUGGCUGAGGUUGCCCGACAUGCCAGUCGGCAGGGCAGAGCAUCUGUCGGUGGUUGUUGACGGGAAACUCUUUCUGAUAGGCGAUAAAAUUGACGGUGAUGCUGAGACGACGACUUUCGUGACGACUAUAGCUAUGGACUGCUAUGAUCCCCGAGAAGCAGCUUGGAUAAAGAUACCCUUGCGACCGAUAACACACACUUCAUCAAAGUUGACGGUAAUGUUAACCGGAGGCAAGGUUGUAUUCAUCGACGUGAGUAAUUCAAGAGGUUUCGACAUCCUGUGUCUUCAUGCGUUUGAUAUGAAAACCUAUGGUUGGAGGUACGCCGAUAUAUUCAUGGGGAUAGCGGGGAAAGCAGUCAUUCAUUCGACUGCUGCUGUCAAUGAUAAGCUUUAUAUCCGUACUGCUUACAAGGAAAGAAAACCAAAGGAUUCCGUACAGUACAUCUUCGAUGCCGAUGAAGGAACCCUAAAUAGGGUCGACAAACAAGAUUUCGAGGACUUCCUUCGCGCACGACCUGAGCCCAUCUACGAGUUCAGCAACAGUACAGGUUAUUGUGAAUACCACCAGCAACUUCGAGAUUGGAGACCACUUCAGUCGCACAAAGCAGACGCCUCUUCCCUUUGCCUUAUUACCCAGAAGAGCCGACUCGGAUGGUACUGUCGGGAUCUUUCCGCACUAGUGCUGGAGGAAGAGGAAGAUCGAGAGGGGUCGGAUUAGGACUUAAACUAGAUAACUACAUGUAGUUGAGUGGGAAUAUGGACUGGUUGAUAUAUAGAAUAUCAGUAAAAUCCUGUGUACUAUUAGUAGUUAGAUUGACUCUUACUAGUUAUGAACCAAUCUUGAUUUUGAAUAAGACAACUACAUGCACAAACAUCCUUAAGUUGACAGAAAACAAGAAAAGCACCCUAUAGAUAUAGAUAGAAAAGCAGCAUGAAAAAAUGUAUCAGAUCUAUCUGGAAGCAAGAGGUCCUAUUUCAAGGAAGUUCUAUUUCUGAAAUCCUCUGGCAAGCACAGUAUACAUCGUAUACCAUACAAAUGGAGGUAUGAGCUUGGAGUGUUUCAACAGGAAACCGUAAAGCAAUAUGUCAAUCAAUCAAUCUAUUAGUCAAUUGACCAGAGUAAAUUAUAGACACAUAUCCUUACUUAUGUAGUUCUAGACAACAUGUAACCUACCAGUAUCUGUUGUCGACAUAAUUAUGGCUAUCACCCAAUUACAUUAACUUUGGUGGAAAACAUAUUUUAAAAAAGGCAGAAAAUGAUGUAUUUGAAAAAAAAACCACCAAAUACAUAUGGUGUGAAUUUGGCAGUUUGAUAAAAAUGGAUUUGUACAAGCGUGUAUCAUGGCAUUGUCAUAUCGCAAAAUAUAUAAAAGAUUGAGAACAUUUCAUACAAUAUGCACACAAUGUACCAGCAAAUUUAUACUGCUAUAUGUGCAUAGAGGCAACAAAUAUUAUGCAAGAGGAAAUGAAUAUGAAAAGUACAUUGGAUAUUUUCACCAAAAAAACUAUGUAUAAUUUCUACAUUCAAUAUGAAUGUUUGUGAACGUGUUACACUUUUACAAUCUAAUUAUUGUAGAGAUAUGUUGAAUAUGAUAUAAUUCUCAUGACAUUUUGGCUCCAUAAUAUUAACAAGUCAUAUUUUACAAUGAAACAUUAUCAUAUUACUUUUUAACAUUUUUUACUUGCUAAAACCACCAGUCUUGUUUUGCAUAACAUUAUAUAUAAUACUGUACUAUCAUAAACAUUCCAAUUUUACAAGGCAGGGUUGAGUAUAAUUUGUUUGCUACACAUGUUUGCUUAAAAUCAUGUUUUCUUAAGUAGCUGUAAUUUUUUACUACCAGUUCCAGUAGUAUAAUCAGAAAGUCAGGGCUCGAAAUCAUUUUUUCUGCAAACCUGCACUGGUGCAGUUAACAUUGAAACCUGCACCAGACAAAUUUUACC